UGGUGGAGUUAGGUUCAAAUUGCUCCGGGAAGUGGCCGAGAUUAGAGCCAGCGCGGGCCGCACCGCGCCGCGAGUGUAAGCCCACUUAAGACUGUUUUUAAUACUAGUAUUUUUUACGCGAUCCCGACAGGAUUUAGCGGAUAAGCGACGUCGCCGCGAUCGUGCGCUUUGAUUUAUCGGUUUCAGAUUCGGUUACGGUUUGUUUUCUGGUGUUUACGUUAGUGGGUGACGGCCGGCCGCGGGUGGACGCGCGUAAUCCCGUGGCUUGUACCAGAUUAUGACGGAUAUCAACGGAUUUCGUGUACACACACUGUGAAAAUCGACUUUCCGUGGAAUCAACUUAAACCCGCUGUGGCACGUGUCUCUAUCUGAUUGCAAAAAGACAAUGUCCGCCCGCGCGUAAUCGCACGCGCUUCUUCGCCCCACGAGCCAGCAAGCCAGCAUCAUUCACCUCCGGGUGUACAAGGAGGCGCUAGCGGCCGGUAUGGAGCCGCUAAGCGAAAACGGACUUUGCCUCUCCGAGUUAGAGCUCCAUUCGGGCGGCCAUCUACACGAGUCGGUGGCUGCGUCGGUCGGCUCAGCUAUAUCGAGUCUGAUGGCGCCGCUGCAUCAUGAGCCGCAGCACGCGCCGUUACACCACGCGCCGCCUUUGCACCAUGAGCCGUUGGAGAAACUAAAACUAUGGGCAGAGACUGGCGAAUUUCGGGACAGUGGACAUUCUUCAUUGGCGUCCGCAGGCUCGGGAGUCGACCAGUCGCUGUACGCCCCGCCUCGGCCGCGAAGGGACCGCAAGCACACCGACGACAGUCGUCCCCUAACAUCAGAGCCGACAAUAAAGACGGAGUCAACGACACCUGGCGUAGGACCUGAUGAACCAUCGAUGGACGACAAAGGUGACAAGAAGAACAAACGCCAGCGACGUCAGCGGACGCACUUCACCAGUCAGCAGCUUCAGGAGCUUGAAGCCACCUUCGCUAGGAACCGCUACCCUGAUAUGUCCACGAGGGAAGAGAUCGCGAUGUGGACCAACCUUACGGAAGCGAGAGUUAGGGUCUGGUUUAAAAAUCGGAGGGCGAAAUGGCGGAAACGGGAAAGGAACGCGAUGAACGCCGCCGCAGCCGCAGCCGUCGACUUCAAGAACGGCUUCAGCACGCAGUUCAACGGGCUGAUGCAGCCGUUCCCGGACACGGACGCGCUGUACUCGUCGUAUCCCUACAACAACUGGGCGGCGAAGGUGCCGAGUCCGCUGGGCACGAAGAGUUUCCCGUGGCCGGUGAAUCCACUGGGCUCGGUGGUGCCGGCGAGCCAUCACCAGGGGUCCGUGAACUGUUUCAACACCGCAACAUCGAUGGGUGGAGUCGGGGGCGGCGGGAUGGCGGGUGUCGCUGGGUCGGCGGGCGUAGGUGGCGGCGUGGCGCCUUGUCCUUACACGGCGCCGCCGAACCCGUACAGCAUGUACCGCGCAGAACCCUGCGCGGCGAUGUCUUCAUCCAUCGCGCAGUUGCGGUUGAAGGCGAAGCAGCACUCGUCUGGUUUCGGCGGGGGCUACGGGACGGUGUCGCCGGUGUCUCGCGCCGGGUCGGCGCCGCUGUCGGCGUGCCAGUACGCGGGCGGCGUGGGGGUGUCGGACCGCGUGCUCUGAGACGAGGCACGCGGGCGCGAGGAGGCGCGCUCGCCGCCGGGCAUGCGUGCAUAGUCGCCGCCCGCGCGCGCUCCCGACGCUGCCGCUGCGCCCGCGCACGGCCUCUACAGGCACCUGUGGGACUGGUUCGACUGAGGCGUCGUGCUUGACACGGUGCUACUCUGAGAUGGCUUUCACCAAAUUCUAUAACUACGAGGAAUACAAGCAUUAUUGUUUCUAAUUACUAAAAGUAACCUUGGCGAUUUGAGAAAGAGAACCUGUGUAAAGCAAUCGUAAUCAUUUGACAAUUCAUAACGUACGAUUAUUCUCUCAAACGCUUUGUUAAACUGACUUUAUCGUACGUUAUAGAUUGUCAAAUGAUUACGAUUGCUUUACACAAUUCCACCUCUAAUUAGUCUCAGCUCUUUGUUUUUCAGGCAAAAGACCUUUCAUGAAGCUACAUAAAUCGUAAAAAUUAUCUAAUAACAAGAAGUAACUUAUUCCUGAAAUGUAACUCCUAUUUAUAGACCUGUAGUAGCUAGUAGCUUAUAUUGUUUAGAAAUUUUAAUUAGGUACGUUUGAACUCAAUAUUUGAGAAUGUUUAUUCAUUCACGUGAACUCUUCAAUUCGCCAAGGGAUAAAACAAAUCCACUAUAAUAUAAUAAAUUAUUACAUUUAAAAAACAGUCUUCAUGGUGUUUGGUGCAGGUCAUCCCAUACAAGAACAGUGAUCAUUGUUGAGUGACUUUUUAGACGUCAUCGAUUGGCAUAUGUUUGUGUAAGAGACACGUCGUUCCGGGACAGUCUGCGGUAUAAGGGAGUGAUUCGCGUUUAUUAUAAUAAUUAUUAUUUAAUAGUUAUCUUCACUUAUUGUAAAGGUUCGUUACGAAACAUCGGGCAAUAAUGUUAACGAUUUGUGUUAAUGUAAAUAUGUAGUUAUGUAUGUACGUAUACCAAAGCGAUGUGUGCAAUUUUUUAUAAGCUUACAAUAUACUUUAGGUCUAAGUUGUACGUAAUUUUAAGUAUGUAGCUUGGUACUGGAAAUUGUAAAUACGAUAUCACAAGUAUUCUUUCAUGGAAUACCAACACAGGAUAAUCAUUUUGUUAUACAUAUAAGUAAGUACCUUCAAACUUAAAAGAGGCGGGUGGUUUUUUUUGUUAACAAGACAGAAAAAGCAUACAAAUCAGUGGUACAAAUAUAAUGAUACCAAAGUAUUUUAUUUAAGCAUAAUAUUGAAGAUUAAUGAACACGGUAAUAACCACUAUUAAGAACAUAAUUUUUCGUAUUUUAACAGUUCUAUAGAAAAUUAAAUAUUUGUGUUGUACUGUAUGAAAUAUUUGCAUUUAUCAGCUAAUUACCAAAAUAAUAUAAGAAUGAGAUUUUAUACAAACUAAAGUGUACAUAUUUUACUAUUAUUAUAACAACAAAAGCUUAGUAAAUUAAUUUAAGAGUUUUAUUUUCAAAGAAAACAAAGACAACUUUACGAAAUGUAAGAUUAACGAAAGUUGAUCGUUAUUUGUUUUAUGUUUUUGUUUUAUUUUAUUUAGCAAAUGGUUUAAUAUGGCGUAGUAGAUAUCUGAUUUUAAGAUAAUAUCCAGUGUUUUGACUGCUUGAUAUUUUAUACGAUAAAUUGUUUGUUUUACAUAGAAAGUUUUGUUCACAUCCUGAUAUUCUUGAUGCAUAAAUACAAACAUACAUCUUUUGCGGCUUAAAAUUCAUGGUGAUAAAUACAUAUCUAAGAUUGAAGAAAAUGGAUAGAUUAAUAGACGUCAAAUAAACGUUAUAAUAGAAAUUAAUUUUUAAUUUGUGCUGAUUUUAAACUGACGCGUCAACUCUACUUGGACACUUCACUUACACAGUUCAUUGACACAAUCAAUUAUCCUAUUAGCAAAAUAUAUUUAGUUUUAUCAUUAUAACUAUAUGAAAUGUAUCAAAGAGCUGUGUCUUAUACAAAUUGCUACAUGUAUUCUAAGAGGACGACGCAGUAGAGUUAACUUACAGACACAGUAACUUCGAUAACAUUUUGCGAAUGUGAUUUUAUUUCAGUGUACGAAUAUUACGCUGAUAAUACCGAAUCAGCAUAAACACAAUCGCAAUACACAAAUGUCACAUAACCUAUCCAAAACAUAAUAAAUGUACUUAAUGAAAUUAACAUGAAAAUAGCCGCCUCCACAUGAGAUUAAAGUAACCAGGAUCUCAUAAUUUAUUUAAAUAUUUAUAUAACGCCCACAUGAAUUGUAAAUAAAUGUAACUAUCUAGUUGUUAACAUAGAACUUAGGUUACAACACGAAUUAGAAUACCUACUUCCGUGUGCCUAAUGAAAUGAUCAGUGGAAAAUGUACUUAUUUUCACGACGAAUAAUGUGUGUACAUUUAAUGCCCUUUCAUUAAAAACUAAAAAACUCUGUAAAUAAUCUUUCUUGUGUAAGUAUUAACUGUUUAUAAUUUAUAAUACAGUCGCCAAUAUAUUUAGCUAUACAUAUUAACUGCAAUAUAACGUCUAUUACAGGUAAAUAAAAUGCUUUAGCUUGAUUUGUUGGUCUCUGGAUUAAAAUCAAGACAAAGAAUAACUAAAAUGUAUAAAAAAUUCGUCGUGAAGAAAGUACUCGUUUCGUAUGAAAAUUGUAAAUACAUUUUGACGUAUCUUAAUAUUAAUACGAAAGAUAUCGAGGUUUUCGUUUUAUACAUAUCAAACAAAAUAUCUACGAACUGCAAUAGUUUGUUGAUUUUUUUGUAAUAUAAGGAAAUAACGAUUGUUUUGUAACUUAAAACCUCUAGUCAUAAUAAAAAAUG